ACGCAGCCUUUAUUUUUCUAAACGUAGCCAUGUCUACUGUUGAGGUUUCGUGCGAGACUUUGGCCAAAGGAGUUAACUCUCCAGGUCAUAAUUUAGAAGAAGAAGAAGAAGAAGAAGAGGUUUCGUGUUUGUGCGUGAGAAUUUGUCCGGGAUUCACCAAAUUCUCUGUAUCGGCGGAUCGCCAGCUACGAGUGAAUAGACAAUUAUCUUUUAUCGUAUACUCGCACGUCGAUCGCGCGCACAGAGCGUGGUGAAUGUCGCGACGAAACAUCACACGUUGAGAGGCGCGUCACUUCGAAAGGACACGUUCAGUUUUUAUUUCUUUUCUUUCGAGGAGUUAAUUCUGCCGAGCGUCCUACUGACACGCGCCGUGUUCGUCCCUGAAACAAGCUCAACUCUAAAAAAUUGAUAGUGAAUGUAUCAGGUUGUCUAAAAAAUAUUGAGCCUUUUGUGCACGAAAUAGCGUUAGUGUCCCAAAUCUCAGGGUAUAUGAGUCGCAGCAGGUCAGGCCUAAGCAGGUCAUUUGACAGCUGACAGUUGAAGCUAGUAGACGUACAAAAAGUGUUGGAAUUCUUAUAAUCAGAUGUAAAAUAUUGCGUCGUGAAGAUGAGUAAAAUUACCACAAAACUGCGUUAUACUUUACAAUUUUAUUUCGACAAAGGCGUAACUCCUACGGAGGCCCAUACAGAAAUUUGUGCUGUUUAUGGGCAGGAUUGCAUAUCAAAAGCAACAGUCACAAGAUGGUUCAUUCGUUUUCGUAAGGGAAAUUUCAAUGUCCGAGAUGCUCCUCGCAGUGGGCGACCAAGAACAAAAAAAGCGAAUGAUAUUCUGGCAAAAGUGAAGCAAGACCGGCAUAUAAGCAGUUAUGACAUCGGCAAGGCCCUAAAAAUCAAUCACCGAACAGUGUUAAUCAAUUUGGAGAAAGCUGGCUACAAAAAAAAGCUCAAUGUUUGGGUGCCACAUAAUCUGACUAGAAAUAAUUUACUCGAUCGAAUUUCUAUCUGCGAAUCUCUACUGAAACGCAACGAAAUCGAGCCAUUUCUGGACCGGUUGAUCACGAGUGAUGAAAAGUGGAUAACCUACUAUGACUAUGUGCAAAAAAAAUCGCGUUCGAAGCAAGGAGAAGCUCCACGGUUUGUGACAAAGCCCAGGAAGAUUAUGCUGUGUGUUUGGUGGGAUUGUAAGGGCAUCGUGCAUUACGAGCUGCUGCCGCCAGGCGAAACGAUAAACUCGGACCUGUACUGUCAACAAUUAGCGCGAUUGCACCUAGUAAUUCAAAAGAAACGGCCGGAACUGGUCAACAGCAAGGGUGUCGUAUACCACCUGCAGCCUGACAACACCGGAUCGCAUACAUCUUUAACGACCCGUCAGAAAUUGAGAGAACUUGGCUGGGAGGUUUUAAUGCAUCCACCGUAUAGCCCGGACUUGGCACCGUCAGACUAUCAUCUGUUUCGUUUUCUGACGUACUCCUUGAAAGGUGUUACGUUACCUUCAAAAGAGGCCUGUGAAGAUCAUGUGGUAAAACUUUUUAACAAAAAAUCAAGGCAGUACUAUAACACCGGGAUUAUGGUGUUGCCGAAAAAAUGGCAGAAGGUCAUUGAACAAAAUGGUGCAUAUGUAACUUCAUAAUGUUAUUUUCAAAUAACAAUAAAUGUAUUCUCAAUCUUGACCUCCAAAGGCUCAAUAUUUUUUAGACAAUUAAUAUUAAAAUCUAAGAUGGAUAUGUAAACAGAUAUUACUAUCAAAAAGUUAAUGGAGAUAGGAACAGGUGUUCAACAAGAAGUUGCGAGUAAUGGAGUAAUGGAGAGGAGGUAGAAAAAGAGAUGCUAGUAAUGAAGCAAAAGAUGCUAGCAAAGGUGUAUGAAAAGGAGGAAGAAGGGCGUGAAAAGAGGUUGGAGAUAUUAAAUUCGCAGAAUAAGAACAGUAAUCUAUUAAAGAAACUUGCAGAUGUAAAUCUGAUAUAUAUCAUGCGAAAAGGGACAGUGACCCCUAGGAGUGUUGUGGCCUAUAUGUGGAAAAAAAUUGGAAGUUUGAUGAUUUUCCUUUAGCAAGGAAAAAUAAGUGGAUGGCGUAUUUAGAGCAGUCAGAAGUACAAGCCGAAUUUCUUAGACCUCUGUGAUAAAGAAAUAAUAACAACCACUGCUAUAGAACUCUGUAAGAAUGAAAGCGAAUUUGAUCGCUGUCCGUAUAGAUUGAGUCCAACUUUCACCAUGUCUGUUCACCAACUUUCGUCAUGUUCAUGAUACUUUUUUAACACCUAACGAAUAGAAGAUAAUGGCAUUAAUAUGGAAACUGACCCCAUUUUCAAGAAACACACUCUUCAAGAUUAGAUCUGACGGAGAUCUAUGGAUAGAGGAAAUGGUAGUAUAAAAUGUGACCCUCUAUAUAAAGGAUGAAUUUACAAGACGGUUACUCGUUAAUCGUCGUUAUCUGGGCGAACCUCCUUGGUCUCCUUGAUCCCAGUCGACUUUCCGUUGCAAGCGACCACUGGGAAACGUGGCGUUGCACUUGAGAUCGUUCAACAUAUGCACAAUCAAGAAAGCGACUGAAGAGCUGGAGAAGCGGGUGAACCAGAUGGAGAGGAAAAAUGAAAUGCUGAUGAAAGCCAUCGCGGAGAGAAGAUCGAGGAUAUGCAUGGUGAACAACAAUGUCGCACAGUUUUGGAACACGCGCCCGUUAUUUUACAACAGUUGGAGAAAAUUUGCGAGCAAUUGGCGACUUACUUAAGAGGAAUUGAUAGCGAAUGACCUCGUGCACGGUCUCGAGGACAUAAUGUAUAGAUGGAAAAACAUUUUUAUUGAAAUCAAACACUUUUGUCGAAUAUAAUUAUACGGAAAAGAUUUAUACGGAAAAGAAUUAUACGGAGAAAUCUGCUUGUUUAUAUAUUUCGUUAUAUCGCUAUGUAGGAUUACAUUAAGUUACGUUAAAUAAGUUAAGUUAAAUCAAGCUGAAUUACAAAUAUAAAUUAAAAUACAAAUUCUUUAAUUCAGAUAUAAAUUCUUUUUUUAAUACAAAUUGUUAUAUAUAGUAUUCUUUCGUCUGUCUUCAUGUGUUCCAGAAGAACAUUUAUUCGUUUUCGUGCAUCUUCCGGGAUGAACGCGACGUCCUCAGGCUUUUUCGUCAAUUCUUGUAGAAAAGUUGCGUUCUUUUUCUAAAUAAGAAAGAAGUUGGUUUAUACGCAAAUGAUGUCUCGUCAAUGACUCAUUACGAAUACAGUAAUGUGAACGUUGGGAUUAUUUUUUGUUCCGUGAUCAUGGCUCUCACCUAGGCGAGUUUUCUGUCGUUAUCGUCGACGUUUUUUCCCAAUUGUAUCGGUUCCUGCAUCAACAUGUUUCUGCAUUGUCAACUGCAUUGUCA